CAAUCGGCAUGGAAGUUGGAUGGAUGGAUCCAAUAAUUUUGUAUUUAUUGUAGUCACCCCGAAAUUCCAAUAAUUUUGUAUUUAUUGUGGUAACCCCGAAAUGAUGGAAUGCAACCGUUACGGCACCACUCGAUCAGGUCGCAAAACAAAUGUUACAAGUGCGAUGCGUUUCUGGUCGCCGACUUGCCGACUUCAAGCCACUCUACUGACGGUCGGACAGAGGAACCCGGCGACGCCACGGUGUCCGGAGCCAAGCCGGUGGAUUCGGAGCGGACCGCGUUUCGGCUGGCCGAGAAGCGUUACAAGCUCCACAAGACCCACAACCCCAAAUCCAGGAAGAAGCCAGGACGCAGCCCCACCGAUCCAUCGGGCUUCGUCGAUUUCCUCUCUAUUCUCCAAUCCUUCGAGCGCGGCGGAGAUGCCCCUCCCGGGAUUUAUAGAUUCCAGCGCCCUGGUUUCGAUCGCCCCGUCUUCUGCUUCAUUGAUCGCUCUGCGCAACUAUGACGUGUCUCUCCCCCAUAACAAGAUACCUGAUGCACUUUGUGUGCUUUCUAAGAAAAUGGCUAUACCUGCCAUGCCAUCAGGGGAAGAGUUUCAGCCAGAAGCUCCAAUAGUAAACUAUUUUGGUCCAAGUGAUAUGCUUGGUGGUCACCUUGAUGACAUUGGAGCAGAUUGGAGUAAGCCUAUAAUGAGCAUAAGCCUGGGCUGCAAAUCUUUCGCUCUCCUUGGAGGAAAAUCAAGGGAGGAUAACCCAAGAGCCAUGCUCCUGCGUGGUGGCUACAUUGUGCUUAUGGCUGGGCAAGCAAGGGAAUGCUUCCAUGCAGGAAUACCAGGGAUCUUUACAGGUGAUGAACAUGCAGAUAUUUCUGCCCUCUUGUCACAUUUUUCUGGCAAAGAUGACUGCUUCUUCAUGGAUUACAUCAGAUAUUCAAGAAUAAAUAUCAACACCAGAUAGGUUGACCAAAUUUAGUUAUUGCAGUUCCUACAUUGAAACAUCCAGCUUUUUCCACCAUCUGGCAAUUUACUAAUUUGAAUGUAGAUCGAGCUGUUUGGCUUGUUGUUGAAAAUGGGAAGAAGUGGUGAAGAAAUAGGGAUGGGAGAGGAGGAUAUCUUUUUCUUUUAUACAACUUGUCCGUAGCCUUCCUCUUUGGGAUGUGGACUUGGAAGAGUUAAAAUGGAAAAAUAA